AUGGCGCCCACGGUGAUUGAAGAAGGUAUCAUCCAGCAGUUGAUCAGGACUGACAAGGUGCGAUGGUGGAACAAGCCCAACCUACGGUCGCUGUACCUCCUGCUGGUGCCGUUCUGUCUUUUCAUCGAGUCGACGUCUGGUUUUGAUUCGUCAAUGAUGAACGGUAUGCAGGCCCUGGAAUACUGGAAAGCCUACUUCAACCAUCCCAAGGGCGGUCAGCUCGGCUUGCUCGUCGCUUGUUAUAACUUGGGCGCCUUGACAUCGAUCCCGUUCGUUUCUAUCGUUUCAGAUCACGUCGGCAGAAGAUGGAGUAUCAUCUUCGGGUCAGUCAUCAUGAUCAUCGGCUCCAUCAUGCAGGGGCUGUCUCGCAACCUCGCCAUGUUCGUCUUCUCUCGCAUCUUCCUUGGUCACGGGAUCGUUUAUGCCAUCAUUGCAGGUGCCGCUCUCCUUGGCGAGCUGGGCCACCCGAAAGAACGAGCCUUCCUAGGGUCAAUGUUUAACGCCUUUUAUGGAGUAGGCGCGGUUCUCGGCGCCGGCAUUGUUGUCCGCACGAUCAACAUCCAGAACGACUGGUCGUGGCGUCUUCCGUCCAUGCUGCAAGCGCUUCCAUCCCUUAUCCAGAUUGGUUUUGCGUUCACGGUGCCGGAAAGUCCGCGCUGGCUCGUGUCCAAAGAUCGCUCCGAGGAGGCGCUCCAGAUCUUGAUCAAGUUCCACGCGGAAGGCGACGCCUCGAACGAGCUGCCGCAUAUUGAACUCGCUGAAAUUCGAAAGGCCCUGGAGAUUGAAAACGAGUCCCGCAAGCGCGGAUGGGUCGAGCUGUUCCAGACUCCUGGUAUGCGAAGGCGAUCCCUGGUCUCCGGUGCUCUGGGCCUCUUUGUGCAAUUCUCUGGUAACAGUUUGAUUUCCCAAUAUCUGGUUCCUAUCCUCGAAAUGAUCGGCAUCAACGAUAGGCAGCAGCAGGUGCGCUACAACGUCGGCAAGGAGGCAUGGGGUCUGCUCGUGGGUGUUGUGCUCGCCUCCAUCACGCCCAGGUUCCCACGUAGGCGCAUGUACCUGCUUUGCGCGUCUUGUCUGUUGCUAUGCUACACCGGAUGGACUGUAGCACAGGCUCGCAACCGCAUCACUGGAUCAGUCGAGUCUGGAUACGCCGUCUUGGUGUUCAUAUUCCUGUACAGUCCGGCGUAUUGCCUGGGUUACAAUGCGCUCACGUACGUGUACAUGGUCGAGAUCUUCCCGUACUAUGUGCGUACCAAAGGCUUGAGUUGGUUCCAGUUCUGGAGCAGGUCUGCGGUUAUGUUCAGCAGCUUCGUCAACCCGAUCGGUCUGGCAGACAUUGGCUGGAAGUAUCUGCUGGUGUACGUGUGCUGGCUCUGCUUCGAAGUCGUGUUCAUCUAUUUCUUCUUCCCGGAGACGUUUGGCAAGACACUGGAAGAAUUGACGUUCUUGUUCGACGACGAGACAGAGAACAAGGAGGCGCUUGCGGCUUCGGCACAGAAAGUGCUGCAAGAUCCGACGGUCACCGAGCUUCACGAGUCGGCCGAGAAGAAGGCUUAG